UCGCGCGAGAGUGAGAUGGAAGUAGUGAUGUCUGCAACACCACCCUGUUUUCUAAGUUCAGUAUAAGGUCAUAAGACAUGUGCGUGGGAUAGAUGCACUGACUAAUAUCGCACUCGGCAGCUAGAACAUGUCUUUUUAAAAGCUGAGACAUCGCUACUUCUCCAGUUGUAAUUUGCAACAAGGGGCUCUGACAGGUACAAGAUGCGUGUGUCGUCCAGCAUCCAGAAAGACAUUGCAGUCAGCAGUGAGACAACUAUCUUCAAGGUGUACAGACAAGAGCCAGACACGACUAUCUUCAAGCCUUGCUGAUCAAGCUGAUGUGCCACUCAACGAAAACCAGACAAGAAUCAAGCCAGUGUGUCGAACCUCAGAAAACAACCCUCUACACCACAGUGGCAGACAACAGGGCCAGCACUACACAGUGCCACCAGGGAUGUACAAGGAUGUCCUACAGAGGGCGCUGCCAUUAGAGUUCAAGAAACAGGUGAAGACAUUUGGAGAGGCAUGUGUGAUGAUUCGAGAGCCUGCGUUGGAGGUGAUGAACUACAUCCGCAAUCUCAACCUUGACCUCCCAGCAUCCAGAAUUGUUCUCUAUGGGCGUCGUGGGAGUGGCCGAAGCAUGUCCUUGGCACACAUUAUGCACUACUGUGCGGAGGACCAGUGGAUUAUCCUACAUGCACCAUGGCCCAUUACUUGGAACCGAGAAUACAAGGAAAUCUCUCAGUCAUCCCACAAGCCUAAUCGCAUUGAUCACCCUGCCCAUGCUGGGGAAUGGCUACUCAAUUUCCAGGCACAGAACAAGCAUCUCCUGAAGGACAUCAAGAUUCAGUCUUCCUAUUACUGGACAAAACGUGAAUCAGCAGAAAAGGGAACGCCACUCCUAGACAUUGUUGAAUUUGGUAUGAACCGCAUCAAGUUUGCCGCUGACUGUGUGGGAGUCAUUCUCAAGGAGCUGAAGCAGCACGCCAAUCAGAAACAGAUUAAAGUAAUGGUUGCUGUUGAUGGAGUGAAUUCAUUAUGGGCUCCAACUAAAAUAAGAACAGAUGAAAAGGAAAUAGUGCCAGCUUCAAAUAUAUCAUUAGUGCAUAAUUUCAAGAAGAUUUUAAAAAGUGAUUGGACAAACGGGGUCAUUGUAUGUACGGUAGAUCCCAUGGCCAAUACUGAUGAUCAGAGAGAACACGAUACACCACAGUACCUACUGGGAAAGGAGGGUUUUGAGUGCAUGGAUCCAUUUAUCCCAGUGCUAGUGCCAUAUUACACCGAGAAGGAAGCUUACAGCUGUAUUCAGUACUUCAUUGACAUGAACUGGAUCCAAACACCCGAAGGAAAAACAGAAGAUGGCAAGAAAGAGUUAAUUUUCCUGAGCAAUCAAAAUCCGUACUUAUUAACACGAAUUUGUGCAAGUAGAUAAGUGUUUGUGUGUGGUACAGUUGCUCUAGUUUCUUAAAAGCAACAGUGGCAUCAAUCCAGGUGUCAGAAGGUCACCUGUAUCAGAGAUGGCCACUGAAGAAGUGUUUAUGGAAAGCAAAGAGUGGACAGAGUGACCACUCAUACUGACCAAUCAUCGGUGUAACAAGUUUUUUCAAAGAGACAGUUAAAGAUGUCAAGUGAACUUUCAAUCUUAAUAAUGAGCUUGUCAAAGGAAUUUGGUGUGAAGUAAAUUUGCUGAACUUUCUUUGAAGUUGAACUGAACUAAAAUAA